AUGCAUCGCCCCGUCGGAACAACUGUCAAUGUGUCGGCCUCCAUCCGCGCAAAACUCGAAGAUGCUGACCGCGCGGCCAAAACCAACCAGGCAGUUUUGACUGGCAUUUCAGCCGCCCUUGAUAAUUUUCCUGCCUCCCUUACCAAGUCAGAGGAUGUGGCGCUGGCAACCAAUUUUUUUGAGGACAUAAUGAACCUCCUGCGAUAUGGCCCCUCGGAAGGCGCCAUGCCGAUGCGGAGCAUACGCCCCACAGCUACUGCCGCUGCAGCUAAACCCGCCACUUCUUGGGUGGAUAUUGAUGCCUCAGGCACAAAAAAGACCACCUUUAACCUCAAGGGAAGUUGA